AUGGAUAAAUAUUUUAAGCCGGAAAAUUAUAAAUUAAAUCCCAAACUGGAAAAUUAUAAACAUGAUGUGGACCAAAUAAAAAAAACAUACAAUUUGUAUAAAAACAAAAGCAUGGACACAUUUGCAUCUAAUUCAACAAUAGAUGAAAAUAAAAUCGUAAAUAUAAACGACAUUUGCAAUACAUGUAUUCUACAAAAUAAUGAAAAGAAUCCAGAAAAAAAUGCAUCUUUUUUAGAUGAAAAUAAAAGUAAUAAUAUGAUAGAUUUUUUAAAAACGCCAUUAAUAGAUGAAAAUAAUUAUAUUAAUGAAAUAAACAAAGAAAUAAAGAAUAGUGAAAAUAUGAACACAUAUAUAGAUAAUUAUAAUAACCAAGGAAAUAAAUUUAACAAAAUAUGUAUGAAUUGUUCAUAUAAUAAUGAUAGUUAUAUUUGUAAAGAUAUGAAUUGUACAAUAGAUCCUGAAAAUUAUGAAUAUAAUAAUUAUAAUCAAAAUGAUAUAUCUAAAUUAUUAAAAAUGUAUGUUAAUAAAAUAUUUCAAGAUGGUAAUAUUAAAGAUAAGACAGAAAAAAAUACAAACUAUAAUGGUUAUUCUGAAAAUGUGCAACCAUCCAAUUUUUUAAAUAAUAAUAAUAUAGUAUCAGAAAUAGUGAAAGAGAUGAAUAUAGCAAAUUGUGAAAAUGGUGAAAGUGGCGAAAGUGGUGAAAAUUGUAAUGGAAGAGAUAAUAAUGUUAUUGCAAAAAAUCUUGUUAAUAAAAUUCAGAAUUAUUUAAAAAAUUCCAAUUCAAUUUCUAGUAAUAUAGAAAAUGAAAAUAAUAUACAAAAAAUGAUAACUAACGAAAUUAGAAAAACAGAUGUAGAAACGAAUGAUUGUCGUUCAUGUCAAAUAUGUGAAAAUAAUAAAAUAUCAAAAAAGUUAGAAAAGAAACCAAAUAUCUCAAUACCUCCAAUUCUAGUUUAUAUUUCUACAAAACAUUUAAACAAUAAUAUAUUCCCAAUAAUAAAUAACAAUGGAUUAUUUAAACAUAUACAUAAUGAAUUAGUUUUAGGAAUAUUUAAUUUAGAUUCUAAUAAAUAUAUAGAACAAUUAAUAUAUAGUAUUAAAAUGUGUUUAAUAGAAAUUCUUGACUAUUUAAAAAAUAUAAAUCAUAUGUAUAUAUAUAAUAUAAAUGAUGAGGAAUAUUUUUACCAUUUUAGAGAAAUUAUGUCUAUUGAAUUUUCAGAAAUCGAUAUAAAUUCUAUAAUUUAUUAUUCAAAUAUUUAUAAACAAAUUUAUGACCAAUCUGAAAAAGAAAAAAAAAACAAAAAAAACAAAAAAAAUAAAAAAAACAAUCGGAAUAUAAUUCGUGCGGCGUCUAAAAUAUUCCUGCCUUAUUUAAAUCGACACAAAAUGAGCAAAAAAAAUGAAAACGAAAAAAGCGAAAAUAACGAAAAUAACGAAAAAAAUGGUGAAAAAAAAAAUGAUGAAAAAAAAAAUGGUGACGAAUUUGAAGAGUGUUCAAUACAUGAUAACGAAAUAGACGAAAAAAAUAAAACAAGUUUUCGAAUUUUAAAAAGAAGACAUAGUUUAAUAGAUGAAAAAAGUAUUCAUGAAAAUGGUCACAAACAAAUAAAAACUGAAAUAGCAUCUAUAGAUUUAAAUAAUAGAAAUGAUUCUGAAAAUCCAAAUUUAUUAGAUGUAGAUAGGGAUACAUUAACCAAACAAAAUUGUAUUGAAAAAAGUGAUAAAGAGGUUAGCGAUUUUUGCGAAAAUAAGACAAAUGAGAAAUCGGCGGAGGACAGACACGAUUCUACAGAGGUCGAUUCUACAGAAGUUGAAUCUACAGAAGUUGAACCCACAAAAGUUGAACCCACAAAAGUUGAUCCCACAAAAGUUGAUACCACAAAAGUUGAUACCACAAAUGUUGACCCCACAAAUGUUGAUUAUGUUUGCUCUAAUUUUAAGGAAAGUGAAGAGACGAAGGAUAAGUCUUGUGAUGCAUCUAAUAACGAUAUUGAUAAUAACAAAAUGGAAGAUGUAAAAGAAGAAAAGAAUAUGAUUGAAUCUGGAAAAGUUGAAAAAGAUAUAACUAAUGAUUCUAGUGAGAAAGAUAUAACUAAUGAUUCUAGUGAGAAAGACAUAACUAAUGAUUCUAGUGAGGAUUGUAUAAAAAUUUAUGAAAAAGAUGAAUUAUUUUUUAAUAAGACAGAAACAUAUAAAGAUAAAACAAGUACAAUUGAUAAAUUAGAAACAGAUGAUAUAGAUGCAUCUUAUAAGAGUACAUUUUCCUCUAAUGAUAUUUUAAUUAAAAAUAGUGAAACUAUUUCUGAAAAUUUAGAAAAUAAAUGUAAAGAAAAAAUGAGUCCAGAAAAUUGUGUAAAUUUAAAAAAAGAUACUUCUUUUACAUCUGAUAAUCAUGAUAGAUAUAAAUCAGUAUUAAAUAAUAAUGUUAAUAAAAAAUAUGGAAUAAAAAAAACAUCACAAAAUAAGGAAAUAAUUAAUGGAAAAAUAAUAAAAAAAAUAAAAAUAGGAUAUAUAAAUAAAAUAAUUAGUAUAAUCUUUUGUAGAAAUAUAUUAAAAUAUUCAAUAAUUUUCUCUCCAAUAUUAAAAAAUGAAGGAAUAAUAUCAAAUAUGAAUAUUUCCAUAUUUAAUAACAUUAUUUUAAAAUUAAAAAAUAUAAGAACAAUAGAUAUAGAAAAUUCAAGAAUACGUUCUUUUUAUAUGCCAAAAAAUAAUUACUUACCAUUUAAAAAUUAUACAAAUACAAACAAUGGUAUAAUAAAUUAUCAAUUUUAUCAAACUUCACAAAAUGAAAACAAAACAUUAAAUAAUUUAUAUGAUUCAUAUAAUACAGAAGAUGAUGUAAUUAAUAAAUUUUUAUCUUUAAUUCCAGAAAAAAUAAAAUCUCAAUUUGUGGAUAAUAUUACUGAAGGUAUAUCAGAAAAUAAGAGUUCUUAUAAUGUUAAUAAAAUAAAAAAGUUUGUUGAAAAUUAUUUAAAAAUAAAAAAUGUAAGUUCUACAUCUACAUCUGCAUCUGCAUCUGCUUCUAAUGCAUUUUCUGAAUUGUGUGGUGGUAUUGAAAACGUUGAUUCAGAUAACAUAUUUGUUGAAAAUGAUGGAAAUAUUAUUAAAAUACUUCGAGAAUUAAUAAUAAAAUAUGAAGAACAAAGAAAUAAAAAUGAAACAAAUAAUGGAAGUAAAAUUUCUGUAAAUAAUAUAAAUUUAGAAAAAGUUGAAUCAAAUGUAGAACCCGAAUUUGAAAAUCCAAAAGAUGAAAAUUCAAAUGUAAAAGAAACAGAAAAAAAUGAUAAUAUGAUUUCAAAUAAUUCUCAAUUUAAUAAAUCAGAUAAAAAAGAAUCAUUUAUAAACUUCUUAAAAUCAGAGUUGUCAGAAAAAAAAAUAUAUAAUAAAGAUAACAUAAAUAAUUGUAUGAAUUAUGAAUAUAAUGAAAAUAUGAAUUAUUAUCAAGUUUUAAAUAUGUGUAACGAAUUGAAAUGUUUAAAUAAUUUAAAUUUGGAAAAUGAAAAUGGAAAUACAAAUUCAAAUGCAAAUGCAAAUGCAAAUGAAAAUGAAAAUGGAAAUACAAAUUUAUAUUACGCUUUUAAAGAAAUUAUAGGAAACAAAAUUGGUAAUAUUGUAGUUAAUAAUUCUAAUAUCUUAAAUAAAUUAAUAUCAAUAAUUUUGAAUGAACAAUCUGUUAAUAACAAUCGUUUAAAUAUAAAAAAUGAUCAUAAAUCAAAUUGUAAUGUUGAUGGGAAUCAUUUAGAAAAUUUGUCUAAAAUAUCUAGACAAAAUAUAAACGAUAUUUAUAACAUAUUUGAUUUAAAUAAUAUGUUAAAUAAUAUAAAAAAUAAAAAUAAAGAUUUAUUAAAUAAUUAUGAAUAUUUAUUGAUUCCUAACAAUUGUUUAGAUUAUAGAAAUGGAAAUAAUUUUUAUAGUAACUGUUUUUCAUGUUAUAAUAAAAAUUAUCACAAUUUGAAUAAACAAGAAGGAAAUGAUUAUAAAGAUAAUAAUAUUGAAAAUGCUAAUAAUUCUAAUUUUUUUAACAAGAAUAAAAAUUGUUAUUACACAUUACAAUGUGAAAAUAGAUGUAAAAUUGGGUUAAAUAAUAGAGAUAAUGAUUCUAUGGUUUUUCAAAAUAUUUUGAAACAAAUUGUAGAAAAAAAUAAAUCAAAAGAAGUGAAUAAUAAUAAAGUUUAUUCUGAAUUAUUAAAUUGUUUGCAAAAAUUAUGUGAUAAAAAUAAUGGAGAAAAUAUGACAAAUAAUUAUGAACCUAUUUAUAAUAAUAUUGAAUUAAACUCUAUGGGAAUGAAUCAGACUACUAAUGAUGUAAACAUAAAUAAUAAAAAUAUAAAUUUUAGAGAAAUUCAAAAUAUGUUUUUAAAAAUAAAAGAAGAAUUAUCACGAGGAUCUGUUAGAAAUGACAAUAAUAAAUAUGAACAAGAUGUUUAUGAAAAUUAUAAUAUUAGAGAAACAGAUAAUUUAAAUAUAUUAGGAGUUGGUAAUAAAUUAGAAGAAGAAAAUAACAAUGGAAAUAAUUUAGAAUCUGUUUAUAAAGAUUCUAUAUUUAAAAGAUAUAAUAAUCAGAUGCAAUCAAAUAUUGAAAAUCGAAAUAAUAAUAAUAAUGAUGAAAAUAAAACAAAAAAUGAUUUAUCAUCAUUAUAUAGUUAUGCAGCAUAUAAAUAUUGGUUAUCUAAUAUGGAAAAUGGAAAAAAAAAUAAAAAAAAUUAUAGUAACAAUAGUUAUAUAAUUGGUAAUAACAUUUAUAGUACAUGUUUAUGUACUGGAAAAUGUGUAUGUUAUAGUAAUGAUUAUAGAAUAAUUGAUAGUUAUGAUAUAAAAGAUUAUUUAUCUAAUUUAUCUUAUUCAAAUAUGAUUGCAGAUACAAAUAAUGAUAAAGUGGGAAAUAUAGAUGAACUUGGAAAAUUUUUAUUAGUAUCUGUUGAUAAUAAAAGAAACAAUAUACAUAAUUGUUUAAAUGUUAAUCAAAAUGAUGAAAAGAUGGGAGGAAAUAUAAGUAACAAUUCUUCUAAUUUAUUUUUUAAUUCUAAAAAUAAUAAUAGUGAUAAUAUAUUAGGUAAUACAACAAAUUUUGAUAAUUUGAAUCUACAAGAAAAUAUAGAUGCUACAUCAUUUGAAAUAAAUAUGUUAAAUAACAAUCAUGAUAAUUUAAAUAUUAUGAAAGAAUUAUAUGGUAAUGAUAAAAAUAAUAUGUACAUAUCAUGUAGAAAUAAUAAUACAAAUAUUUUAAGGUCUAGUAAAAAUAAAUUUGGAAAAAAAAACAAUUAUAAUAAUUUGAAUGAUGAUGAAAAUAAUGAAUCUCACACAAAUACAGAUAACCAAAAAAUCGGAAUGAAGACCGAUAAGAAUAACAAAAAUGGAAACAUGUCUAUCAACGGCAUGUUUGGAACUUACGGGCGUGGCCAAAGAACAAAAGGGUUAGAAAAAAAUAAGAACACAGGGGAUAGUGGAACUUCGAAUAAAAAUAGUGGAAACACAAAAGUAAAUACAUCUAAAAGAGGAAAUGGAAAAGAUAAACAAAAUGGUGGAUGCUAUAUAGAUAUUGGUGAAAAUUAUGAACUUAAAUAUACAGUUGCUGAAUUAAAACCUCAAAGAGGAGUUUAUUUUGAUAAAUCUCAAAAAGCAUGGAUAGGAAGUUGGUAUGAAGAAGGAAAACAAAUUAAACGUCGAUUUAAAAUUAAAUAUUAUGGUUGGGAUGAAGCUAAAGAAUUAGCAACAAAAGCUAGAUUUUCUUUUGAAAAUAGAAUAAAAAAUUUAGAAGGAAAUAAUGGAAAAGGUAAUUCUAGUACAUCUAAAAAUAAUACAAAUUCAGGAGAAAAAAGUGGAACAAAACUUACAGUAAUUAAUAAUAAAAAAAAUGGAGUCCAAGAUGUAGAAAAUAGUAAUAAUAAUAAUAAUGAUAGAAUAAAAACAAGAAACAGUUCUAAAGAUGUAGGAGAAAAAAAUAAUAAUGAAAAUAGUGGAUUUGGUGAAAAUAAUUUGAAUGAUAUAGAUAAUUCAAACGAAAAAAAUAAUUCUGAUGAUAAAAAAAAAAAAAAUAAUAAUAUAGAUGAAGAUGAAAUAUGGAAUAAUCAAGAAUCUCAAAAUUAUGAUAAAGAUGAAUAUAAUAAAAAUAUAGGAAAUGUAAAAAUUAAUUUAACAAAUGAAUAUAAAUCAGGAGUAAAUACUAGAAGUGGAUAUUUUACAAAAAAAAAUCAUUUUAAUAAUAAAAAUAAUACCAAUUGGUUAGAAGAAAGACAUACUGAUUAUAAUAAUUUAGAUGUAAAUAUUUCUGGACAAAGAUCAUUUUAUAAUACAUAUGAUAGUGGAAAUGGUUGUGAAAUAGAUGAAGUUAAAAAUUGUUCAAAUAAAUUAUAUGAUUAUGAAGAAAUUGAGUUAGAUAAUAGAAAUAGUAAUGGAAUAAAUUCAGGAAAAAAAGGAUAUACAAAAGAUAGUAAUAAUAAUAAUAAUAAUAACCAUUUUAAUAAUGGACAAAUAAAAUAUCAAAAUAAUAAAUAUAAUGAUGGAAAUAAUACUAUUACAUAUGCUAAAUCUAAUACAAAAAAAGGAUGUGAUAAUAAUAUAAUUGAUAAUUCUGUUAUAUUACCUCAAGGUGUGUUUUAUCAAGAUUCUAAAAAAGCUUUUUGUGCUAAUUGGUAUUCAAAUGGAAAACAAGAAAAAAGAUAUUUUUCUAUUAAUAAGUUUGGUGAAGAAAGAGCUAGAAGUUUAGCAAUAGCAGCAAGAAAAAAAUUUGAAAACUUGUAUAAAAAAAAUACUAAAAGAGAUUAUGUUUCGGGAAUUAAUAAUAUACAACAAAUUGAAAAUGAUAAUUCUGAAAUACUAAUUUCUAAAAAAAAUGAUAAUUUAAAUGAAGAACAUAUGAAUCUUGAAAAAAAUGAAUCUAUUAUUGAUUACACAAAAAAAGAAAAAGAAAUAAAUGAUGAUAAAGAUUCAGAAGGUAAUAAUAAUGAUGAAAAUAUUAUUGUUAAAAAAAAUAAUUAUAUAAAUGUAAAUAAUAUGGGGAUAAGUAAUAGAUGUAAUACACGAAAUGGUUCUAAAAAUAUUAACUUCGAUUAUAAUAAUGACCAUGGUUUUGAAAAUGAAAAUAAUUAUGAUGAUAAUAAAACAGAAGAUGAAAAUAGUUUUGUACAAAAUUUGAAUAAAAAUGAGCAUGAACAAAAAAAAAUAAUUAAUCAAGUAAAUUCUAAUAUUACUACUGAUGUAAUAAAGGAACAUAUUAUUGAUAAUUUUGUAAACCCUCAAGAAUCAAAAUCUAAUGAAGAAUAUCAUAUUGAUUCCAAUGAAGGAAAUAGUAAGAUCAACCAUUUUAAAAAUAAUAAUUUAGAGAUGAAUGAUAGCAAAGAAAAUAUUAUAAUAAAUUUAGAAAAUGAUAAUUAUGAUGAAAAUUGUCUAAAAAAUGAUACAAUACCGAAAGUAUGUAAUAAUGAUCAUAAUAAUAUAGAAGAUAAUCAUUUUGAUGUAAAUAAAAUGACAGAAAAAAAUAUGCCUUCACAUUUAUUUUUACAAACAAAUGGUAGCGAAAAUAAAGAAAUGUCAGUAAAAGAUAUGAACAUAAAUGAUUAUAAUAUGGAAAAUGACUCUAACUAUAUGAAUAGCAAUAGCAAUAGCAAUCGUAGUAGCAAUAAACAAUCGGAAGAAGAUAUGUUUGCAAAAAAUUCUCAAAAAGAUAAUUUGAGUCCAUAUAAUAAAUCAGAUAAAUCUGUAUCAACACCAGCUGGUGUUUAUGUUAUUAGAAUCAAUGGAGUAGUACAAGCAUGGAGAGCUGAAUGGAAAAGCUCAAAUGGUUGUAAAAAAACCAAAAAUUUUGGAAUAAGCACAUAUGGAUAUGAUUUAAGUAAAAAAUUGGCAAUUGAAAUGAGAGCUAGAAUGUCUGGGGAAUGCUUAGUUGCAGAUGAUGGAACCAUUUUUGAUUAUAGAAAUAAAAUAGAAUCUAAAGAUGAAUAA